CAUGGGGCUGGAGAGCCGCCUGCCCAGCCUCCUACUGGCACUCCUGGUGCUGCUGGGCAUUGCCUGGGCAGAGCUACAGCAGCCUCAGGGGCAGGAGGAACCACCCACAGUACCUGGAGCCCUGAGCAGGAAGGAGAGUUUCCUGCUUCUCACCCUGCACAACCGUCUACGCAGUCACGUGCAGCCCCCUGCAGCCAACAUGCGGAGAAUGGACUGGAGCGAGAGCCUGGCCCAGUGGGCUCAGACCAGGGCAGCCCUGUGCGGUGCUGCAGCCCCGAGCCCAGCAUCCGUUCCCGGGGUCGCCCUGCACGUGGGCUGGAAUGUGCAGCGCCUGCCACUGGGCUCCACGACCUUCCCUCAUGUGCUGGGGCUGUGGUUCGCAGAGGGGCAGCACUACAGCUUUGCGGAGGCCACGUGUGCCCACAAUACCACGUGCACCCACUAUACACAGCUCGUGUGGGCCACCUCAAGCCAGCUGGGCUGUGCGCGACACCCCUGCUCCGGCACCCAGGCCCACAUGGAAGCUUUUGUCUGCGCUUAUGCUCCCGGAGGAAACUGGGAGGUGAACGGGAGGCCGGUCGCCCCCUAUAAGAAAGGUGCCUGGUGCUCGCUCUGCACAGCCAGUGUCUCAGGAUGCUUCAAGGCCUGGGACCACACAGGGGGACUCUGUGAGGUCCCCAGGAAUCCGUGUCGCAUGCACUGUCGGAAUCAUGGUCGUCUCAACAUCAGUUCCUGCCGCUGCCACUGCCCCCCUGGCUACACGGGCAGAUACUGUCAAGUGCGGUGCAGCGUGUCCUGUGUGCAUGGCCGGUUGAAGGAAGAGGAGUGCUCCUGCGUCUGUGACAUCGGCUUCGGCGGGGCCCAGUGUGCCACCAAGGUGCAGUUUCCCUUCCACACCUGUGACCUGAGGAUCGACCGAGACUGCUUCGUGGUGUCCUCAGAGGCCGACACCUAUUAUGGGGCCAAGGUGAAAUGCCAGGGAAGAGGAGGGGUGCUAGCCCAGAUUGAGAGCCAGAAAGUACAGGACAUCCUCGCCUUCUACCUGGGCCGUCUGGAGACCACCAACGAGGUCACCCAUGGCGACGUGGAGACCAGGAACUUCUGGAUCGGGCUCACCUACAAGGCCGCCAAGGAUGCCUUCCGAUGGGGUACUGGGGAGCGCCAGUCCUUCUCCAGUUUUGCCUUUGGACAGCCUGACAACCAGGGGUUUGGCAACUGUGUGGAGCUGCAAGCCUCGUCCGCCUUCGACUGGAAUGACCAACGCUGCAGAACCCGGAACCGUUACAUCUGCCAGUUCACUGAGGCUCACAUUUCCCGGUGGGACCCAGGGCCGUGAGGCUGGCCAGGCCUCACCCCGCCAGUGCCAGUGCUCAGGGAUACCUUCCUGUC